GAUCAUCAGGAACUCUCAGAAAGUUUUCAAGCCUUUUUUUUUAUUAAAGACUUUAGUAUGGUGACGCAGAGGACACCCGAGGAGGAGCUAAAGCAGCCAUUUUAUUCAGUUAUGUUCAACAAGGAAAAGUUAUAUUACUGUGGCCCUCGAGGACUGAAGUUCGACAUCUCUACCUUGCUGCGUGCGGCCUGGCAAGAAAUGGACAAAUCAGUGGAGGUCACAGAGCCAGAAAUGAUCAUCAACCAGAACGUCUCUGCAGAUGGACAACAGCGGAGAUUUGAUAAUCAUGCCAAUAGAGGAACCAGGUGGCGACAGAGAAAGAAGAAGAUGAAGGUGGAUAGGAGAAAACAUUCAUACCUCUCUACUGAUAAUAGACGUUUAGAUAAAAAUAAACAGAAUCUCAAUAUUUACCAAAAGGAUAUUUUAAGAGCGCAAUGGCUAAAAGUAGAAUUGAAUGGAAUGGCACUGAAAAAUACUUCAUUGUGCUUUAGUCCUUUAUCCUUUAUCUUUAGGGAAAAUCAGGCAUUUCAUACUAAAUUUAUACUAUUUUAUUCAAUUCAACAAAAAACAAAGAAAGUUUGUGUAAAAGAAUUAAAUUCAAUAAAUGUUUUAAUUGGAAAAAGAAAAGAAAUAAAAGGCAAGAAUGUAAAAGAAUUACUCAAACAAACACAUUUUAUUGACAAUGAAACAAUUACCACUAUUUGUCAGGGAAGUUAUGUGAUUGAAACAGGAAGAGAUAAUAAGAAGGAUGCUUAUUCAAACCUUCUGAUCAAGUAUCCAGUUAGAAAAAGUCUUAUAUAUGGAGAUAAAAGAAAUAGAAAAAAAUUACAAAAACCUAUUUUAUAUCUGUUUAGUCAGAAACAUCCAUUGGAUGAUGUCAUCUCACAUAUUUAUGGGACAAUUGACACAGACAAAGUUAAAGAAUUCAAAAUGUACUUUAGGGUUCUUGAAGCUCUGACAUAUAGUGAAAGUUACACGAAGAUACGAAGCAGAAUUAGAGGAAAAGGAAAAGAAAUAUACAAAAAUGAAAAAGAAUUACUCAAACAAACACAUUUUAUUGACAAUGAAACAAUUACCACUAUUUGUCAGGGAAGUUGUGUGAUUGAAACAAGAAGAGAUAAUAAGAAGGAUGCUUAUUCAUACCUUCUGAUCAAGUAUUCAGUUAGAAAAAGACUUAAAUAUGGAGAUAAAAGAAAUAGAAAAAAAUUACAAAAACCUAUUUUAUAUCUGUUAAGUCAGAAAAAUUCAUUAGUUGAUCCCAUUCUAGAGUUUGACCACCAGCAAAUCCUCAUGUUAGAAGAUGAUGAUGUGGUGAGAACCUCUGCAGCUUCUCUUUAUGAGAAACAUCCAGCAGUUAGUUCAGUUCAUGUUGUUGGUCCCCAGCUCAGAGUUCAACAGGUUAAAGGUCAACCAGUGGUUCUGUCAGAAUACAGCAGCCUGGUUCUGGUCGGUCAUGGAGCCAGAGACCAUUCAGGUGAGAUGAGAAUAUCAGGAUACACCUACAAAGAUGUGGCCAGGAUCAUCCAAAACACCUCCAGGAUUAGUGAGAAGAUCCAAACUAUUACAGUUGUGGCCUGUGACGUUGGAUCGGACCAACGGUUCAGAGAAGCUCUGCUGAAGAAGCUUCAUGAAGACGGCAUUGAGACGGAGUUACACCUGUGGAACGCUGUGAUCCAGGUCAUAGAGACAGGAGAGGUCAUCAGUCAGGACGUCUCUGGAGAUGGACCACAGUGGAGAUCUGGAGAUCAUACCAAGAAGGUGGUUCUGACUGUUGGCAGGAAGGGGGAGACAAGGAGGAGGAAGGAGUCGGACCAGAGGAGACAGGAAGUUCUCACCAAUGAAAGAAGAUUUUUAGGGAAAAAGGGCAAAAAACAACAACCUACCAACAGUGGAAAUCCAGCAGAGCUAACCCCAACCAACGGACCAAACUGGCCAACGGUACCAACACUGUUUAUUGACCCAGAUAUUUAUAAGAAGGUUGACCCAAACAAUGCCGAAAAAUUAAUUAAUGACUUUAGGAUUAUUGAAGCUGUGACUUGGGGACUGUUUCAUUCAGAACGAGACUCAGACCUACAGAGAGUCAAUGUCAACAACAAUCAACAAGUCGUCAAUAACUAUGUAUUAGGAGAUAAAACAGCAAAGAAGAUCCAAGGAAAUAAUGAAGAGGAAAACAUCAGAUACGUUCUUCAGAGGUGUUACGAGAUCAGACCAGGAAGAGACAUCAGAAACAUAAUUCGUCAUUAUGCAAAGAAUGGAGAGAAUGAAAUCACAUUCCUGAUGGUUGAUAACUGGAUAUUUGAAGUUGAUCCUAGAAGUCUGUAUGUGACCCCAGCUGGAAAACAUCUAAUUGAUGAGGAAAAGAAGGAAGACAUAAAGAAUCUGAUUAAUAACCAGGACAGGGAGAAAAGUGAAAGUUACACAAACAUACGAGGCAGAAUGGAUAAAAAGGAGAAAACAAAAUAUGGUUAUUAUGUUAAGAGUCUAUUUUUAGGAGAGCCUGUAGCAAACCCACCAAAUAGUGAGAGAUUGAUCUCUGCUUGGUAUUUCACAGCUUCAAACAUCAUAGAAUCUGUCAGAAACUUCAGAACAUUUCCAUUAAUCCUCAUGGCUCUGGAUAUGGACGAACAGUACACUGUAGGUAGGCCAGAACAGAAAAUUGUACCUAAGCUAGAUUUUUGGUUUAAUCAACACUCAAUGGCAAGAGGAGGAAGCUGGAUUGAUGAAAGCAGGAGAGGAUUCAGUGGCUCAGCAGCUCCCUCUGUUGGUGGAAUGGAUAAAUCUCAGGUAGUGCAGGUUGUUGAACUUCUAAAACCAGAACAUGCUGUGUUUAAAAAAUGGAAAGAAUCUAUUGGAGGAGCUGAUGAACUGGAGGAGAUGGUUGAAAUCGCAGUGAAGUAUCGUGUAUUAGACAAAGAACACAGGGAAGGGUUUAAAGCAGAUUGUUUAGACUUCAUGAAGACAGCGUAGCCAGAGGUGCUCUAGAUGUGCCUCUGGAGGUGCUCUAGAUGUGCCUCUGGAGGUGCCUCUAAAUGUGCCUCUGGAGAUAUUAGCUCCUCCAAGCUAAUAAACUGGGGGAGACGAUUGAAUUCGCUAUCAUGUAUUAUACUAAUUACAGGUAAAAAUGUUUAAAUCAGAUUGCUUAGAUUACAAUCUUGAAAUUACAAAAUUAAAUAAUAAAAUAUAAUUUAUCAAAAAUAUAUAUAAUAAUUUAACUCUAUAUUUAUUUUUAAAUUAACACGUCUUAAUAGUUAUAUUUAUUUACAAAUAUAGAGUUUAUAUGUAUUUUUAGGGGGUCGCCAGUCUCUGGCACAGUUAUUUUGGGGAUCACAGGCUAAAAAGUCUGGGAACCUCAGGGUUACAGUACAGUAUAUUGUCUAAUGUUUAAAAUUUUUCCGUUACUGGGACGCAGCGCUAGUGGCGUAGGGGUUUAAGCACGCGACCCAUGUACCUUACUGUAUAGUCUUUUAUUGUUUUUAUAAUCUAUACUAUUAAGGAUAACCUUUAUUAAUAUUACUUAUAAUAUUACUUAUAAAUGGAUUACAAUCACUAUCCACUGAAUUAAGAUAGCACUCAGAAACAGAUCAACCAUUUACAAUUAUGUUUGAGACGUGGUUUGGAAAAUGGGGAAACGUAUUGGUGAGUAUACGUUUCCCCAAUAAUCAAUAAUCACGUCAUUGAUUAUUGUUGUGGUGAUCCCAGUCUGCAUGCUGUUGUGCACCGUGUAUUCCAGCUCUCAUCCUUAGGUGCAUAAAUACAGCCGUGGGCUCCCUGGAUGCAAGAGGAAUGGGAGUCCCAAAAGGCUAUUAAAGGUCAAUGGCACAAUAUCGAUUACGUUAUCGCAUGGGUAUGAAGAGGAGGAAGCCGUGAUCAGGCUAACCGGAGUGACCGAGGAUGACCCAGGAUUGAAGAUGAGGACUGACCUCUGGGCUCAUAUCCUUUACAGAGAUUUCUGGGUUUAAAGAAAUAAUAGGGAAAAGAGACAUAAGACAUGAAUGAAUGUAUGAAUGAAUACUUUGUUGAAUAAUUACGUGAAAGUGGUAAAUUAAAUGUCAUAAAUAAAUGAAUGGAUUACAGCUUGUAAUAUUCAAUUUGAUUCAAAAUUCAAAUUCAAAAAUACUUUAUUCAUCCCAAAGAGAUGACUGAUUCUUUAGGUUAUGCCACCAUGUGGCCUAUUUUGCUGCUCAUAAUAUUAGUUGUUAAUCAACUUCCACUGGGUUUAAUCUAUCUGGGAAAUACACAUCAUUUAGUUUAUUAUAGGACUAACCUUUUCAAAUAGGUGACCCUGCCAAAGGACAUUUGGGAUUGGAUGCCGGUCUGAGGGGAGCGAAGAUGGACAAAGAUGAUCAACAGUUAGGGUCUACAUUAACUGAUUCACAUGAUGUUAGAUAGAGUUUACAGCUGUGCUUCAGGCUGUUGUCCUUUCUCUCUUUCCUUGUAAUCAUACACAUAUAGCUUUGAUGCUGUUAGAUUUAUCUCCACUAGGUGUAUCAACUGUUGCUUAGACACAACCAGGGGUCUACCGGAGAGAUGGCGUUCCUCCUUGUGGGGGGGGGGGGAACCACGUGACAGCUGGAAGGAGAUUCCCUGGUCAUAUCUAGGUUUAACACACAUACAGGGUUGGAUGAUUGUUUCGGGGGGUGGGUACCCAGUUAUGGAUGGUCCAAGAUCUACCCAGUGCCUUGGGGGUUAACUGAUCUAAAUUAGUGAGGUGCCUUUAAAUGACACCUCAUCAGGGGGGUUGUUGGGAAUAAUCUUUAUUAAUAUGACUCAUAGCUGUUUUUCCCAUUUAUACUAUAGUGAAGUAAAGUAUAAGUUCUAAUGUUUCCCUUUUGUUACAAUAGGAUAAGAAGCUCAUCAACACACAUUACAAGGAUAA